CUGCAAAGUAAACCUAUGCUGAACGAUUAAAAAUAAAUAUUCGAGUCUACCCAGUGUGACUGUGAGUGUAGAACUUAAUACCUGUUAAUACCAUCAUUCAUACUAUUACUAGACUAGAUGAUUAAUCAUCUGUAAUCUAAUCUAGGUUUCUAGAUCUUGAAUCUAAUUAGAAUAUAGUAAUGAGUCCAGGAGCACGUUCUCGUUCUCGAAGUCCCAUAAAGACUGACACGAGGAUUGAUUCAGAAGAUCUAAAAAAGAAAGACACGCGUAGAGAAAGAUCACGGUCUAAAGAACGAAAUAAAACCAAAUCUAGGCACAGAUCAAAGAGCAGAGAAAGAAAGCGCAGCAGAAGUAAAGAGAGAAAAAGAAACAGAAGUCAUAGUAGAGAAAGAGACAAGAACAAAAGAAAAAGAUCUCAUUCUCCGAAGAUAAAAAACAAAGAAGAAGAAGAAGAUAAUGAAAAUAAAAAAAGAGCAGACAAGAAAGUACCAUUAUCGUUGGAGGAGCUACUUGCCAAGAAAAAAGCAGAGGAGGCAGCCUUAAGCAAGCCGAAAUUCUUAACCAAAGAGGAACGAGUAGCAGAAGCUUUGCGUAAACGUCAGGAAGCUGCAGAUGAAGCUAGAAGGAAAAUGGACGAAGAAAGAAAAAAGCAGAUAGACUUCAUUAAAGCUGCCAAAGAAUCAUCAGAUGAUCGGGAUAGAGACAGGGAUAGAGAAAGGGACAGAGAGCGAGAAAGAGAACGAAGAGAACGUCAAAUGAGAAGAGAAAAAGAUGCGAAAGAAGAAGGAGCUGGAGAAGACAAAACUGUCACCAAAGUUAAAGAUGUUAAAGACAAAGACAGAGAAUCUGAAGCAAUACGUGAGCGCUAUUUGGGAAUAAUUAAAAAGCGUAAACGUAUACGUCGACUAAAUGAUCGUAAGUUUGUUUUCGACUGGGAUGCCGGUGAUGAUACUUCAAAUGACUACAACCAGUUGUAUAAAGAGAAACAUCAGGUACAGUUCUUCGGAAGAGGAAACAUUGCUGGUAUUGAUAUCAAGGCCCAGAAAAAAGACCAAUCCAAAUUUUAUGGUGACCUCAUGGAGAAAAGAAGAACUGAGGCAGAAAAAGAUCAGGAAAAGAAACGUCUCAAAACUGUGGCAUCAAGAGAAGCUAAGCAAAAAUGGGAUGAUCGUCAUUGGUCAGAAAAACCUGUGGAGGAUAUGGUGGAGAGAGAUUGGCGUAUUUUUAAAGAAGAUUUUAACAUAAGUUGUAAAGGCGGACGGAUUCCAAACCCCAUUCGGUUUUGGAAAGAAGCAGAUCUUCCCAAAGAGCUUUUGGAUAUCAUUGAUGAAAUUGGAUACAAGGAACCAACACCAAUUCAAAGACAAGCCAUACCUAUUGGUCUUCAGAACAGAGAUAUAAUUGGUGUUGCAGAAACAGGCAGUGGUAAAACUGCUGCUUUCCUUAUUCCAUUAUUAAAAUGGAUUAUGGGUCUUCCUAAAAUUGAAAGAAUGGAAGAUGCUGAUCAAGGGCCAUAUGCUAUAAUUUUAGCCCCAACCCGCGAGUUGGCUCAACAGAUAGAGGAGGAGUCCAUAAAGUUUGGUAAAAACCUUGGCUUUCGAACAGUAUCUAUAAUUGGUGGUAUUUCAAGAGAGGAACAAGGCUUUAAAUUACGACAGGGCUGUGAGAUUGUCAUUGCUACACCUGGUAGAUUAAUUGAUGUGCUUGAGAACAGAUACUUGGUGUUGAAUCAGUGUACUUAUGUUGUGAUGGAUGAAGCUGACAGAAUGAUAGACAUGGGUUUUGAGCCUGAAGUCCGCAAAAUUCUAGAUUAUUUACCUGUGACCAAUGAAAAACCAGACACAGAGGAAGCAGAAGAUGACUCAGUAAUGUUGAGAAAUUUCAAUACCAAGAAAAAAUAUAGACAAACUGUUAUGUUCACUGCAACUAUGCCCCCAACAAUUGAGAGACUUGCUAGAACUUUCUUAAGGCGUCCGACAGUUGUGUACAUUGGUAAUAUAGGCAAACCCGUGGACAGAGUAGAACAAAUUGUCUACAUGGUUAGCGAGAAUGAAAAGAGGAAGAAACUUGUUGAUGUACUCAACAAAGGCAUUGACCCUCCAAUCAUUAUUUUUGUCAACCAAAAAAAAGGUGCAGAUGUCCUGGCUAAGUCUUUGGAAAAAAUGGGUUACAAUGCUUGUACUCUUCAUGGUGGCAAAGGUCAGGAGCAGAGAGAGUUUGCUCUUGCUAGUCUUAAAGGAGGCUCCAAAGAAAUUCUUGUGGCUACUGAUGUUGCAGGUCGUGGUAUCGACAUUAAAGACGUUUCAAUGGUUAUCAACUAUGAUAUGGCCAGAAAUAUUGAAGACUAUACUCAUCGUAUUGGUAGAACAGGGCGAGCUGGCAAAGAGGGUGUUGCUGUUACAUUUAUUACAAGAGAGGAUAAUGCCACCUUCUAUGAUCUCAAACAAGUUCUUCUGCAGAGCUCUGCUUCUUCUUGUCCCCCCGAGCUGGCUAAUCAUCCAGAUGCACAGCACAAGCCAGGCACGGUUGUACAGAAAAAAAGAAAGGAUGAAAAAGUUUACAUUACAUAAAUAUUAAUUUCUGUUUGAUCUGAUUACACUUUCAAAAUCUGAAUUCAUUGUUCAUUUUGAUUCAAAUAAAUCUAAUAACUCCCUUAGAGGGAACUAAAAAUGAUUGAAAGUUUGGACUUAGGAGUGCUUCCUUUUUUGCUGCAAGUUACAUGCCAUAGGCAUACUGAGAGGCAGGUUUACACAAAUUGUUCCAUUUUCUCUGCAGCCAAUAAAGCACACUAAGAAGACAUACACACAUGCUUUUUCUUUUCACUAUUUUAAAUGAAAUGAAAGCAGCACUUGCUUUAAAUGACAGUUCUGUGUAAUCUUUCCUUUAAUUUUGUAUGAAUCUUCUUCUAAAACAUGUACAUCUAAGUAUAAUGAUUGUGUGUUUUGCUAUCUUCUGACUUCACAUACCACAAGUAAUGUAAAACGAAAUGAUACUGUAUGUUUUUGUAAAAGUGAAAAUAAAUGGUUAUGUUUUUGGAACUCGA